GUGAGAAAGUCGACGGUGACGAAAACACGCCCGUAACUCUAUCACCCCUCCCUUUCUCGAAUCCUGAAUCCUCACCCACCCAUCUCUCUGUUUCGUUCCGAGUCUCUCUCCUCCAUUUUCGUUUAUACAAUUUUCUCUCUCCUCCCUAACGAAUUUUUCCUUGCUCUUCUCCUCCAUGAUAGCCGGAUGUCUCUCACCAGAUCCUUUCUAUCAAGGCGUUCUUCUUCUUCUUCAUCUUCAAUUCGUUGUUUUUCUCUCUCAUCCUCCAAGUCUCAGCGUGAACCACCACCACCACCUACCUCUGCCGCCUCAUUUUCUCUCUCCUCCUCUACUACCGAUUUCGUCAACGUCGACUCAGGAAGAUGGUCUUCACUUUUGCCUGAGCUUCUUAUAGAUAUCAUAGCUCGUGUUGAAUCUUCUGAAGAUAAAUGGCCGCUUCGUAGAAACGUUGUUGUUUGUGCUUGUGUUUGUAAGAGGUGGAGAGAUAUUACUAGAGAUAUUGUUAAGUCUCCUCAUUCUACUGCUAAGAUCACCUUUCCUUCUUGUCUUAAACAGCCAGGACCACGUGAGAUGCCACUUCAGUGUCUUAUAAAACGGGACAAGAGGAACUCUACAUUCUACCUCUAUCUCUCUGUGUCACCAUCAUCAUUUUCAGAAAAGGGGAAAUUUCUCUUGGCUGCGAGGAGAUAUAGGCGUGGUGCCCACAUUGAGUAUAUUAUAUCGCUUGAUGCCGAUGAUCUAUCACAAGGAAGUCAAGCAUAUGUUGGGAAGCUAAGCUCGGACUUUCUUGGUACGAACUUUAUAAUAUAUGACAGUCAACCACCCCAUGAUGGAGCAAAACCAUCCAGUAGCAGAUCCACCCGUCGAUUUGCGAGCAAACAGAUAAGCCCCCAAGUUCCUGCUGGAAAUUUUGAAGUUGGGCAAGUGUCUUACAAAUUUAACCUCCUGAAAUCAAGAGGUCCCAGAAGAAUGAUUUGUUCCCUUAAAUGUCCUGGACCAGUAGAGACCACCUUGGAUCACACAGAGGAUGCCAAGAUUAAAUUGGCAGAGCCAGAUUCUAGUUAUACUGUUCUGAGGAACAAAGCACCAAGGUGGCACGAGCACUUGCAAUGCUGGUGCUUGAAUUUUCACGGUCGGGUAACUGUAGCGUCGGUGAAGAACUUUCAACUAAUAGCAACAGUGGAUCAAAGCCAACCUGGUGGAAAAGGUGAUGAAGAAAUAGUUCUCCUUCAGUUUGGAAAGGUAGGAGAUGACACUUUCACCAUGGAUUAUCGUCAGCCACUCUCGGCCUUCCAAGCAUUUGCGAUUUGCCUAACAAGCUUUGGUACGAAACUUGCAUGCGAGUAAAUUGUCAUCUUUCUUGCUUUUAUCCAUAACCUGGGUGUCCAUAUAUAUAUUUAAAUGUAAGGUUUUUUCGUCAUAUAUCGAGAGAAGGAACAAAAAUAGAAAAAGAAACACGAGGUAAAAAGAUAUGUAAGACUUUCCAUUCUCCACUGUUGCUCCCUCUUACUCCUUUCUUGUUCCCAAAUCUGUAUUUUCCUUCUACUGAUUAGGUGAAGGAUUAUUUAUGUAAAUGCUGCUGCUUUAACUUGUAAGUUUUUAAUUUUUUAUUUUGAUGGCAUUAUAACCUUUAAGUUGUAUCUAUACUUCCAUGUAAGUGUCUUAAAAGUGUAGAAUAUAAGCAUGUGCUUUUGCAA